AUGGCUAUUGACAAAGCACUUUGUGACCUGGGAGCAAGUAUUAAUCUGAUGCCUCUUGCCAUGAUGAAGAAAUUGAUGAUAGAAGAGGUUAAGCCUACACGGAUGUCAUUACAACUUGCUGACAGAUCCCUCAAAAUACCAAAUGGAGUGGUGGAGAACUUACUGGUGAAAGUUGGGAAAUUCAUUUUUCCAGCUGAUUUUGUGAUUUUGGAUAUGGAUGAGGAAAGAAACAACUCAAUCAUCCUUGGAAGACCCUUUCUAGUAACUUCCAGGGCAAUCAUUGAUGCUGAGAAGGGAGAAAUGGUUCUCAGGGUGCAUGAGGAGCAAAUGGUUAUCAAUGUUUUCAAAGCAAUGCAAUACCCUGCAGAGAAAGAAAAUUGCAUGAGGCUUGACAUGAUAGAUGAUCUAGUUGAAGAAGCAUUUAAAGCAAACCAAUGUGAAGAUCAUGAAAGGGAAGCUCAGGAUAUUCAAGAGGAAGAUUCACAAGAGGCAGAAGCACUGAAAGAUUCAAGUGGAGUUAAGGAGGAAGAGGCACCAAAGCAAGAGUUUAAACCUCUCCCUCCUCAUCUCAAAUAUGCAUUCCUUGAUAAAGAGGAUAACCUGCCAGUAAUCAUUAAUUCAUCCUUGAGUAAGCAAGAAGAAGCCAAACUAAUUGGGGUGUUGAAAACUCACAAGACAACUAUAGGGUGA